AUGACCGAAGAGGAUGACAAAUCCGGGAAAGAGGAGGCUGAGGGUUCUUCUGAAGAAGUCCAAAAAGAGAGGAGGAACCGCAAGCUGAAGCGUCAGGAGACAGAAGGUAAUGCUGCGGACAUUGGAGAAGGAGAAGGUCGGAAGAGCCGAAAAUCGAAAAAGAACUCUAUGUGGACUAUUGAAAUAAAUGAAGAGGAAAACCAGAGGGAGAAAGAAAGACAAGAGGAAGCAAGAAAAACUGAGGAGGAGGAGUGGGAGUGGUGUUACGCCCCCGCUAAAGGUUGGUAUCGUAAAAAGAGGGACCCAAACCAACCACAAAGCUUGUCUCCGACCUCAGAAAUCCAGAAAGGGAACAAUGACCAAGCAUCAAAAGAGGCAGAGUCUGUCGCUCAGGAAGAGAACGCUUCCUCGUCUGGCAAACACAAGGAGGAAGGUGACAACCACAAUGAAAAUGCUACUGGGAUGCACCCAGGUAAUAGUCAGAAAAAGCAGGACUCUCAGGAAAUGUCUGGUGAUACUGAUACAUCAGCAUCAAAGUAUGAAAAGAAUGGAGAGCACAAUAGUGUUGAGGAAGAUGAUACAGGCAGAAAAAAAUACAAAGGAGGUAAAGACGGGGGUUGUCCAGAGAAAGGAUCAUCUGAGAGUGAGGACGAAAUUCCAAAUAGACACAAGGACUCUCAUCAGCAGAGAAGUGGGUGGAGAAACAAGGAUACUGAGAAUGAGGAUUGCAGCAGUGAGGCCUCUGCUGAGCAGGUUAAAAGGAAAAAAGGUUCAAGUUCCCUGAAUGAACUUCAGCCUCCACCGUACCGUGACAAAGACGAUCUCAAGUGUGGCUCAAGGGGCCGCAGUGACUCAGCAGAGGGCAGUGGAAGUGAGAUCAGCGAGGGCAGUGAAGACCCUGAGGACACAGAGAGUUACCUGAAUAAGGGCUGUGAUGAGGACGCUCCCAGUGACAGCACAGCUGUUUUGGGCCCGGAGGACAGCUUACUCCCACCCCUUCCAGAAACAUAUGAACCAGAGGCACUGGGGAAAUAUGGUACACUGGAUGUGGCAUUUGAAUAUGACCCCAGUGAACAACGACUUGCGGUGACAGUGACCGCUGCCACAGAUAUUCCAACCCUUAGGAGCACAGGGAACAUUUCCUGGCAGGUCCACCUGGUUCUACUGCCCACCAAGAAGCAGAGGGCCAAGACAGGAGUCCAGAAGGGACCCUGUCCCGUCUUCACAGAGACAUUUCGGUUCUCAUGCGUGGAGAAGGAGGCCUUGGGGGACUAUGCAGUCCGGUUCCGUCUCUACAGUGUACGGCGCAUGAAGAAGGAGAAGGUCCUAGGGGAGAAGGUGUUCUACUUAACCAAACUCAAUCUGCAGGGCAAGCUUGCUCUGCCUGUUACACUAGAACCUGGCACAUCCGUUCCUGUCUGUGGAUCAGUGGUGAGUGUCUCUCGUAGUGUGGGAGCUCUGUCAUACCACUCCACUGGUGAAUCCUCCACUCCAGAGCUUCUGUUGGGUCUCCUCUACAACUCCACCACAGGAAGACUGUCUGCCGAGGUUAUUAAAGGCAGCCAUUUUAAAAACUCUGCCACCGAUAAACUGCCCAUUGGCCUGUUUUGUUGUGUAAAACGCUUCAUUAGUGGGCAACUAUAUAUCAUGAGAGACACUUACGUGAAGCUUACAAUGCUGGACUCCAAAGGGAAAGAGAUGUCCAAAUGUAAGACCUCGGUCUGCCGUGGCCAGCCCAACCCAACCUACAAAGAGACAUUUGUCUUCCAGGUGGCGCUGUUCCAGCUGUCUGAGGUCACCCUGCAGGUGUCGGUGUACAGUCGGCGGAGCAGCAUGAAGAGGAGAGAGCGGGUGGGUUGGGUCGCUCUGGGCCUCAACAGCACCACAGAGGAACAAGAGGAGCAUUGGACCCAGAUGAAGGAGUCAGAGGGACAGCAGGUCUGCCAGUGGCACACGCUCCUCAAUUCAUAGGGGAGCAGGGAAACAAUGCAGUGCAGUUUUUGUCCAUCUGAAGGUUUAGUAGGACAGAAUGAGUACAAAUGAAAGGAUUUGUUCACCCUAAAGUGAAAGUUAUUUCCUAAUUUACUCCAUGUUGCUCCGAACCCAUAUUACUUGCUUUCUUCAUGAAACAUCAUCUAUCAUAUGGCUUCAAAAGACUGGCAACUUGUCAUUUUUGAAUAGGAGUUUGACAGCCCCAAUUUAGUGUCUUCAUAUUGAAAAUAAUCUUCAGAAUAUUCUAGGAAAAUCAAGUUUAGAUUUUUUUAAUCAAAUU